UACUACGUAUAUAUUCUUAAUUAUCUAUGCUAGCCGGUCUUGUGCGGUGAUUUGGUGUUUUUUAUUCCGUAAUUGAGAAAAUUGCUAAAUUGUAACUACUUAACUGUUUAAGUGCAGAUAUAAAACAUAUAACUGUAUAGUGUAUAUUUUUCCCAACAGGUGCAUUAUUAAUACCAAUCUUGCUUUCAUUAGUCAAUUAAAAUUCACUAUACGAUUUCCUUGUGACCUUUGCCUUUAUUUGUCCAUAUUCAAUAUAGCCAGUGUCCAGCAGUUCAUGCUAGUGCAAGAAUUAGAUUCCGAUUUUUUUAAAGAUGGAGCUUGAAAUCCUGAGUGUGUCUGGAUCAAAACCUAUUGGAAAGGUGAAUGUAAACGAUUCUGCCACUGUUAAAGACGUUAAACAGAAGAUUUAUAAAAAUUUAAAGAAAAACCUUUAUCCGGACAGGCAAUCAAUAAAAACUGAGUUAAAAGGUAAAUCAUUAAAAGAUGAGGCUACAUUACAGUCUUUAAAUGUAGUGAAUGGUGGCAAGCUCUAUCUUCAAGAUCUCGGACCACAAGUGUCUUGGAAAAACGUAUUUUUAGCUGAGUAUGCUGGUCCAUUAUUUGUUUACCUUUGGGCUUAUCAAAGACCGUGGCUCCUGUAUGGAGAGCAAACUUCGGCACCUGGAACUGUGGCAAGUAUUGCAGCUAUUUGCUGGUCAGUGCACUAUGCUAAGAGACUUCUGGAAACUUUGUUUGUUCACCGUUUCUCACAUGGCACUAUGCCCCUAAGAAAUUUAUUUAAAAAUUGUUCAUAUUAUUGGUUGUUUGCAUUAUACAUUGCAUACCACAUUAACCAUCCCCUAUACACAGCUCCAUGUAAUACUUGUGUCUAUGUUGGAUUAAUUGGAUUUACUAUCUGUGAAUUGGGUAAUUUGAGUAUCCAUAUUUUGCUCAAGAACCUCAGACCACCUGGCACCAAGGUCAGACGUAUUCCUGUCCCAGAUAGCAACCCUUUCACUCAACUCUUCAACUUUGUGUCAUGCCCUAAUUACACUUAUGAGUUUGGAUCAUGGCUCUUCUUUACAAUCCUGACCAAAUGUGCUCCAGCUGGUAUAUUUGCUGUGGUCGGUCUAUACCAGAUGUCAGUAUGGGCUCUUGGCAAACACCGCAACUACAAGAAGGAAUUCUCUGACUACCCAAAGGGUAGAAAAGCUAUCUUGCCUUUCAUGCUAUAAAAACAAUUGUGUAAUUUAAUGUUACGUCACCAUUGAAGGUCAGCAACAUGCAAGUGUAAAGCAGUUAAAUUCAUUUAAUAUGACGUAAAUAACGAUGGUUUCUGGUAGGCUAUCGUUUCUUAUUAAUUUAUUCCUUUAAGCUGUUGAAGGUGAACAAGUUCGUAUAUUAAUGCUAUUAUAAUAGGGUUAUUGGUAAGACUGUUUAUUAAGUGGUGAAUGUUUCAUUUGGGAUUUUUUUGUUAAUGUCUGACUGUUACUUUGCAUUUACUGUUUUGUUCUAUACAUAAAAAUCUCUAUUGGAACGAUUUAUAAUAUAUUUAUUCCAGCCAAAACCAGAAAUAAAUUUUUCAGCCGUCAUCUCAAUAGGGAUUUUUAGGCAUAUAGCUUAAUAUUUUUUUUAAAUAAAAUUACCGAUAAAC